AUGGUAGUAUACGAUACAAAUACAAGUGCUCAGCGAGUUGGUUUUCCACAUACAGGUUCGAAAGAGCAGAUGUAUAAUUAUCCAGAUGAAUCCAAUAUCCAUUUAAAGGUCAAUUAUCCAAAUAAAAAUCGACAAAGGGGAAAAGUACAGGAACAACUCAAGACAGAGCCAAUUUCAACUAUAACCAACACAACAGAUGAAAAGAUGAUCCCUAUUUUACCUGUUUUACCUCCCCAAACACAUUUUGGUGGGAAAAAGCUUAUUCCUAAAAACAAACACCCACGUUAUGAAAGGAAAUCAUUAGACAAUGUAUUAUGUGAACAAGUUGCUAAAGAGAAGAUAGCUGGCCAGCAUGUACUGCAAAAAUCAGAUCUUCAAAGACUAGAAAUUAAACAAAAUAAUUUUAAUAAUAUUCCAAAAUUAAGCCAUAGAAAGGAUGUCUCUUCAAUAGAUUCAGGUAAUAUUGCUAGUGAAAGUGGAUCUUCGAAUUAUUAUUACAUCCAUAAGGAAUUAGAAAAUGCAGAAAGAGCAGUACAUAGACCACCAUCUCCAGAAUUAAUUUCAAGAUCUCUGAAUCUCAAUGUUAAAAAGGACCUUACAUCAAAUGAUAAAUGGGUUGAUGAUAUGUCUGUUAGUUCUUCCUCCCCAGUAUUGCUGCAAACAACUAAUAUUAAAGUCAAAAAAGGUAUUGAUCCUUUGCAUAUUGAAUCCUCAAAUAUCACACCUCUUGUUCCACCAAGAAGUAGACAUAGACCAAUAAGUAUUACAGGAAUCAAGAAAGAAUUGGAUGAAAUAGAGAACCAACUACUUGAAGAAAUAAAUGAAUUAAGUAAUCCAUCUGAAACAGUUUCUCUAAAUGAUGAAGAGAUAAAUGAAACCGGCAAAACUCAGUCCAAAAAUGAACAUAAACUAAAUAUACCAAACCAUCAUAACAAAUCAGAUUAUAGGACAACUAUUAAUAAGAAACUUCCAAAUAAUGGUAAACCUGAGAAUAAUAAUAAUAAUGAUAAUGAGGAAGUGAUGGAAGCUAUAAAGCUAAAGGGAGAAAAAGAUGAAUUUAUGAAGAAUGCUGCAUUAUUCCAAUCUCAAAAUAUAUUACCUUCAUUAGACAUUGAUACACUUACUAGUUUAGUUAACUUUGAAAACGUAAGCCCGGUUGGUACAGAAUUCGAAGAAAUUGGAAUGGAUAAAGAGGAAAAUCGUAUAUUACAAACAUUAAUAGAGGCUUUAUCAAAAUUAACAGGAGAUAUGAUGUUAAAUCCUAAACUAUAUAAUGAAAGUGUUAAUCGAAUCAAAAAAGCCACCAAAACACUGGACGGUUUUUAA